AUGUUGACAAACAUUGUCUUUGAUGAUUUUCACGAUAUUGCAUCCCCUCCCCUCUCCCCUGCAUCUUGCUAUACUGCUCUUUUGAAAAAUGACACAGGUUCUGCAGCUGCCAGUUCACCUACUCACCAUGAUCAAUUUGUGGACGACAAAUCUAACUCAACUGCUGAUUUGAUUUCGAAUGCCUCAAAUUUUGUACCUGGCAUUUCUCCUUUAAUGCAUGAUCGUGGACCGUUAAAGGUCAUUACUCAUGGAUUGAAGUUGAAGAAGUUUUCCGAAGUUCCUGUGCCACAUCCUGUAGAGCAUUGGAUUCGGGAAUCUGGGCUGCUACCUCUGUGUUCGGCCUACCUCACUAUAGUUGAUGCUGGUCUGGUCUCGGCAUUUGUUGAAAGAUGGCACAUGGAGACCAGCUCAUUUCAUUUGCCAUUUGAAGAGAUGACUAUUACUUUAGACGACGUCGCGACUCUCCAUCACAUAUCACCCAAUGGUAAAUUUUUUGAUGCACCUGUGAAUAUGAACACUAAUAAUGCUGCUAGAGCUGCACAUGAGUACUUAGGUGCAACUUGGGAGGAAUCUCUAGCUGAGAUUAAUUUUAAUAAAUGUGCCCAAUAUAGAUUGCAGUGGUUGCGUGACUUAUAUAGUCGUCUCAUUCAAACUAACCAGUUUGAGUGUGCGGCUAGAACGUAUCUAUUGCAUUUAGUUGGCAGCACAAUUUUCGCCGAUAAAACGCAUACACGUGUGGAGGCGAAAUACAUUAGUUUAUUUGUUGAUUUAGAUCGUUGUCGACACUAUUCGUGGGCUGCCGCGGCAUUGGUUUUCCUUUAUGACAACAUGGGAGAUGGAGCUGUCCACGACACUCGACAGUUGGGAGGUUACAUGACCCUUUUACAGUGCUGGAUCUACGAACACUUCCCUAGGAUCUGUAAGCGGGACGAUAGAGGUGCGGUUCCUGCACAUCUUCCAAGAGCAUGUAAGUGGAUUGCAAAACAUGCUGACCAGUCUCUUUAUCCAAUUGUGAUCGAACUAAAGCCCAAGAUUCUUCGGUCCAACCUAGCAAUGCUGCAAUUGCACGAAACCCACAAUUUCCAUCAGCCACAACAUCUACUAUGUCCUCAAUAUACGGACAACGUUGAGAUGAUUAAGAUGGUUGCCUUGCCUUUGCAGAUUCUUGAGAGGCAUCAGCAUACUCCCAAUAUGGAGGAUCACGAGGAGUAA